AGGGGAGGCGCGACCAACACCGAGGAGAAAGUAGGAGUUAUGAAACGCCCUCUGGAAACAGCUCGGGGCAGACUGACUGACACAAGCACAGGAACCCUGGAGGAGAAGGAAAGGAUAGCGGUUCGAUUUUUUUUAUUUUUUGUUUCCUUCGCUUUGAAAGUGGGACGACUUUUCCAGGCUGGACGCAGACAUGCGCUGGAAAAGUGAGGUAAAAGUAGAGUGUCGCAUCGGUAAGGAGAAGGAAAACGGAUCUCUGGUGUCCAACGACGAGCUUCUCGUCAUGUGUGAAGAUUGCAAAGGAGACGAAGAGCUGCUGGGCAAAUGCACUGAAGACAGGAGAGACAUAAUGGGCGCACCGGUGGAAGUUUUGGAUGAAGAAGCGUCGUCCCUGCAGGCGAUGUCCUCUGCGCCUCUGUUGGGCAGAACUGUGUGUGCGAGCUGCAACGAGGAAAUAGUUGAUAAAUAUCUAUUAAAGGUUAACGACUUGUGCUGGCAUGUGCGCUGUCUCUCCUGCAGCGUGUGCCAGACUUCACUUGGCAGCCACACAAGUUGCUACAUCAAAGAAAAAGAGGUUUUCUGCAAACUGGAUUACUUUCGGAGAUACGGCACUUGGUGCGCGUGCUGCGGGCGGAACAUCCACUCCACAGACUGGGUCCGCCGGGCGAAGGGCAACGUCUAUCAUCUGGCCUGCUUCGCCUGUUUCUCCUGCAAGAGGCAGCUGUCCACCGGGGAGGAGUUCGCCCUGGUGGAGGGAAAAGUGCUUUGCAGGGUUCACUACGACUGCAUGUUGGACAACCUCAAGCGGGCGGUGGAAAAGGGAAACAGCGUUAACAUGGAAGGAGCUGUGCCCACCGAACAGGAGAUCAACCAGCCCAAACCCUCCAAGAGAGCUCGGACCAGCUUCACUGCUGACCAGCUGCAGGUGAUGCAGGCUCAGUUUGCUCAGGACAACAACCCAGACGCCCAAACACUGCAGAAACUAGCAGAGCAGACAGGCCUCAGUCGAAGAGUCAUUCAGGUCUGGUUCCAGAACUGUCGAGCACGCCACAAGAAGCACGUGAGCCCCAACCACACCUCCAGCACCCCCAUGACCUCACUGCAGCCCAGCCACCUGUCCCAGCCCACCCCGACCCCCGAGGAGCUGCAAUACACCGCCUACGGAGGUCCAGAGGGGUCGAUGCUCUCAGCACUCCACUCCUUCAUAGACAUACACUCGCCUCCAUCCUUGUUUCAACCGCUGCUGCCAGCCCACGCCAUGACCUCGCUGCCUGUGUCUAACGCCUGAGCUGCCCUCUCUCCCUUACACUCACACACAGCUGACCAAUGUUUUUCCAUUAUUAGCAGCAGUAUCUGAUACGUGUGAUAAAUAUAAUUUAAAGUUUUUGUGAACCAUAAAAUCUGCCGUAAUAUUGUUUGUUAAGCAAAUUCUGGAUCAUUAUAAUUUACAGCCCUAAAUGUACUGAUGUAUCAUGGCAACGCUUCGGUGCACGUCACACACGACGUCAUAUAUUUAUAUUUGUUUGUUGUCUGUUUGUUGGUGACAAAGUCUGAUUGUGCUACUCUUAGUGAAAGCCACCAGCCCCACAAAAGUCGACUCCACAUGAAGAUGAACUGAAUAGCAGUGUUGCAAUUUAAUUUAUUGUAUGUGUCGUCUCUUUUGAGAAUAAAUGUCUAAUUUCACAAACCCGGGAGGAGUCGUUGAAAAGCUUUG